ACGCCCUGCUAAGACGACGUUUAAGCACUCAGCUCCCACACAACCUGGCUUCUGGAUUCUCAGCUUCACCCAUCUUUUUAUAUCCCACCUUCAGCCACUCUACACCGUCACCUUCUUAUAUACAGACAAUCGCACAACUUCUUCACCUCUUCAACAACAUAGACACUCCUUGAUUGUCAGAUCAGAACUUAUACGUCAUCUUAUAAUCGCUGAUUUAUUUACAAUUGGAUCUCAUCGCCGCCUCUUAUACCCUAAUCCAAGGCCUUGGCUAACGUCGACUUGUCGUUCCUUCAACAAAUUUAGACAACAUCUUUUGCAUCAGAUCAACUCUUCCCCACCGAGCGUUUGAAAUUAUUAUGCUGUGACAAGUUAACAUCUUGCCAACAACUAUUUUCGUCUUAUCUCUGCAUCAAUACACACGCAUCGCCUCGAGGCACAACCAAGUUUUAAAAACUUAUCAUGGAACUUAUGGAAUUGGUUGAGAACGAGCCCACUGCUCGUCCCUUUCAGUGCGACUGGCAAUCGUGCACAAAGAGCUUUAAUCGAAAGUCCGAUCUACAGAGGCAUUACCGUAUACAUACUAAUGAAAGACCAUACGCUUGCUCUAUUCCUGGCUGCGGGAAGAGUUUCAUCCAACGGAGCGCUCUGACUGUUCAUAUUCGGACACACACAGGAGAGAAGCCUCAUCAAUGCCAGCACAUCGGUUGUGGUAAACGUUUCUCGGAUUCAUCAAGUCUGGCUCGGCAUCGACGAAUCCACACUGGAAAGCGCCCGUAUAAAUGCGCUCACGAUGGGUGUUCCAAGAGCUUUUGCCGCAAAACGACCAUGGUCAAGCACCAACGGAGGUCACACCAGCAAGGGAUGAACCCCAACGACAUCGACGACUGCUCUUCGGACUCUGACGAUGACGAGUCUCCCUCCACCCCUCAGCACUCCUCGAUGACUUGGUCACCUCAUGAGAUGGUUCCCAUGAACCAAGGUGCCCCAAGCGGGCCUUUGCAUCGUGCCUCCUCUUACGCUGAUUUUGAAUCCCAAGUCCAUGGUCACCACAUGCCCCAACAUUACGGCAACCGGCAAGGGAUUCCCGCCAGUGUCCCUCACGAGUACCAUGGUACUCCCGUGCCUGAACAACACACACACGUUCAGCUAGUCCAUCGAGCAGCAACCAUGCCACGCCAGGCUUACUAUGUCACUGAGGCAGGAAACCCAGGUGUUGCUACCAUGACAAGCAGUGUACCGCCUCAUUACCAGCUAUCACAGCAAGUGGAACGACCUCCCAUGGAACUUCCAUAUUCAGCACCCGGUAUUGCGACGUCUAUUCAAAGCAGCCCAAGCACCUUUUCUGCUACUUCAGUCCCCAGCCCUAUGAUUCCUGAGGGCUUUUACGCACACCAGCCUGGAAGCCAGCCAGCAUACACAACAGCCGAAUCUCAGCCAGCAAUGAUCCAAUACCAGCAAUCUAUUCAACAUCAUAUGGCUCAGCCUCAGCAGCCAGUGGUAUCCCAAGCGCGGCAUAUUCCCUCGACGGCCGGACACUACGCUCCACCGUCGGCCCACCCACAGCAAGAGCAGUGGCCACACUACGACCCGCCGAUCGAAGUUCCAACCAUCGGACAGCUACCUGCAUACGGAACUGCAGUUUAUGAUAUUUAUGGGCCAAAGAUUGAGUUUGAAGAUCAUUCAUUGCAACUACCCAGCAGCAGACUGGCGAGCAUGUGAUGAAUGAGUGCUUGAAUCACGCUAUGUUUUACGAACGCCAUACUCAACAUGUCAAGAUAUUACCCUUUCCGUUUACGAUAAUCACUUGUACCAUCACGAUCAUACCAAGGCUGGACCACACAACGAUCUCCGUUUCAUGAACUUAAUUAUUAUUCUUGAAGAGGAUAUACCCAUCGGG